AUGAAUCUAUCUAGGCCAUCAAACACUUUAACACCAGUAGGAAGCCACAGCUCGCAAAUUCCAGAGAAGGAAGAGCCAGAACCGAGAAUUCAGAGACAAGAUGAUGUCGUACAAGUUUAUCCUAGCGGGCCAAGACUUGCAGCGAUCACUAUUGGCCUAUUCCUGGCAAUUUUCUGUUUGGGACUGGACAGGUCAAUCUUGGCAACAGCGAUUCCCAAGAUUACGACCGAAUUCAAUUCACUAUCUGAUGUCUCGUGGUAUGGCUCAGCGUAUCUCUUCACGCAAUGUUCCUUUCAGCUUUUCUUCGGCAAGAUAUACUCCGAAUACAGCAUCAAGUGGAUCUUUCUCAUCGCGCUUGCUAUUUUCGAAGUGGGAUCAGUCAUUUGUGCUGCUGCUCCUAACUCUGCUGCCCUCAUCAUCGGUCGUGCGAUUUCCGGAGUCGGAGCGGCCGGACUGAUGUCUGGAGCAUUGAUUGUAAGAUUUGAUGUAAUUAUCCUCAUGGAAGAUGAAUUGACAGAGGCCCAGAUUGUAGCAAAAGCUGUCCCGCUUCAUAAACGCCCUACGUAUACUGCGACAGUUGGCGCUGCUGCUGGGGUUUCCCAGGUCAUUGCGCCAACAUUAGGCGGUGUUUUUGUCGACAAGGCAACAUGGAGGUGGUGCUUCUGGAUCAAUCUUCCUAUGGGAGGAAUAACCUUCGUCGCUGUCCUCUUGUUUCUCAACUUGAACGGUCCAGAACAGCAAAGCAAACAGACGUCCGGGUUCAAGAGUUUCUUCCGAAAGUUUGAUCUCAUGGGAACCCUGUUCCUGAUACCAUGGGUCAUUUGUCUCUUACUUGCUCUGCAAUGGGGUGGAACCGAGUAUGCCUGGAGCAACUGGCGAAUCAUUCUAUGCUGGUGUGUCUUCGGACUGUGUUUGCCGCUUUGGGCAUUCAUUCAGUAUCGCAAAGGGGAGGAGGCUACAAUCCCUCUCCGCAUCAUUAUCCAGCGAACAAUGUUUUGUGCGAGCUGGAUGAUACUUCUCUUGUUUUCCUUACUGUACAUCAACAUCUACUACAUUCCGAUUUGGCUACAAACCGUCAAGAACCACUCGGCCUUUCAGAGCGGUGUUGACCUCCUCGCAUCAUCGGCUUCCAUGGUUGUCGCCACAAUUGUGGCUGGAGCUCUUACAAGUCGAAUCGGUUAUUAUGUUCCGCAACUCAUCGCGUCAUCUAUCCUUACCUCUGUGGCCGGUGGCUUGAUCUUUUCUUUCACAGUCCACACUAGCACUGGUUUCUGGGUUGCCUCACUCAUCCUAAUGGGAUUGGGUGUGGGAUUGGGCGGUCAGCAAUGCAUCAUAGCCGCACAAACAGUCUUUGAAGGGGGCGAUAUCGCCCUCGCCACGUCUGUCUUGAUGUUCUUGCAGAGCCUUGGAGGAGCCGUGUUCUUGGCAGUUGCUCAGAAUAUUUUCAGCUCCCGACUUGUCUCUGAACUCCACCGUAACGUGCCCAACGUCAAUCCGGCUGUGGUGAUUGAGGCCGGGGCAUCGGAAUUGAUAAGCUCGAUGAGAAAAGUCUAUCCAGAGUCGAUAGAUGGGAUCAUCGACGCCUAUAACAAGUCCCUUCAGACCGUGUUUUUAAUCGCCACCAUCUUGGGGUGCCUGACCGUGUUCGGGGCCGUUUUCAUCGAGUGGAAGAGCGUCAAGAAAGACUUGCCGGAGUCGGAAGAGAAACACCCGGCGGACGGAGAAGUGGAGAAAUAA